CGGCUUCCCAGACCCGGCAUAACUACCCUGCUUCCAGCGUACUGAACCCCAACCCCGGCCCCCACUCCCCGCCCCCGGAACUUCACGCGCCCCGCCUUCCAGGCUCCUCCUUCCUCGCGCGCGCAGCGCUUAUAACAGAGGGCGUCGCACAGACGCACCAAACCGAGGGCCGGGGGCUGUCAUUCGAGUCUUUCCGCCGGCUUCUGCACCGAAGCGAGUCCUCCGCCAGGGCCUUCGGGUUUCCAGCCCUCGCACCUCGACCCCAGAGUCUCUCUGGCGCCCCCUCAUUCCUGCCUCUCCGAAUCUCCGCGUUCCGAAGCCUGGACCACCAGGAAGGAUGCGCUGUGCGCCGACAGCCGGAGCAGCCCUGAUGCUGUGCGCCGCCACCGCCGGGCUGCUGAGUGCUCAGGGCCGCCCGGAGCCUCCCGAGACGCCGCGCUUUGCUUCCUGGGACGAGGUGAACGUGCUGGCGCACGGCCUCUUGCAGCUCGGCCACGGGCUGCGCGAACACGUGGAGCGCACCCGUGGGCAGCUGGGCGAGCUGGAACGGCGUCUGGGCGCGUGUGGGGCCUCCUGCAAGGAUCCUGAGGGGUCCGCCGCGCCUCCGCGCGCCGAGGCCAAUCUGGUCACUCCCGGCGGCAGCGACGCCUCCCCAGAAACCCUCCGCAGCUUGAAGACUCAGCUGGAGGCUCAGAACAGCAGGAUCCAGCAACUCUUCCAGAAGGUGGCCCAGCAGCAGCGGCACUUGGAGAAGCAGCAGCUGCGAAUCCAGAAUCUACAGAGCCAGAUGGAUCACCUGGCCCCCAGGCACCUGGGCCACGAGAUGGCCAAGCCUGCCAGGAGGAAGAGGCUGCCCAAGAUGGCCCAGCUUGCUGGCCCAGCUCACAAUAUCAGCCGCCUACAUAAACUGCCCAGGGACUGCCAGGAGCUGUUUGAGGACGGAGAGAGGGAAAGUGGAUUGUUCCAGAUCCAGCCCCAGGGAUCCCCGCCUUUCCUGGUUAACUGCCAAAUGACCUCAGAUGGAGGCUGGACCAUAAUUCAGAGGCGUCGGGAUGGCUCCGUGGACUUUAACCAGCCCUGGGAAGCCUACAAAGAUGGCUUUGGAGACCCCCAAGGUGAGUUCUGGCUGGGCCUGGAGAAGGUGCAUCGCAUCCUUGGGGACCGUGGCAGCCGCCUGGCUGUGCAGCUGCAGGACUGGGAGGGCAAUGCCGAGUCCUUGCAGUUCCCCAUCCACCUGGGGGGUGAAGACACCGCCUACAGCCUGCAGCUCACGCCACCGGUGGCCAGCAAACUGGGCGCCACCACCUUCUCGCCCAGUGGCCUCUCCCUGCCCUUCUCCACUUGGGACCAGGACCACGACCUCCGCGGAGACAAGAACUGCGCCAGGAGCCUCUCUGGUGGCUGGUGGUUUGGCACCUGCAGUCAUUCCAACCUGAACGGCCAGUAUUUCCACUCCAUUCCGCGGCAGCGGCAGCAGCGUAAGAAGGGCAUCUUCUGGAAGACCUGGCGGGGCCGCUACUACCCACUGCAGGCCACCACCAUCCUGGUACAGCCCACAGCGGCCCAAGCAGCCUCCUAGCCUCCUCUCUGGGGCCUGGUCUCAGGCCCCCAAAGGACAGUGACUCUUGUCCACGUGUGGCCACUCCCUCCCUGGGCAGGGGCUCCAGGCAAGGGCUGUCUGGAGCCUCGAGGACAGAGAAGAUGCCCAUGACUGGAGAGGUCCCCUUGAUGAGUAGGGGAGGCUGCAGGAAAUGCCCUCUGAGGAGAGCAGGGCUAUAGGGCUGUUGGGCACAGACCCCGAAAACGUGGGACAGAGGGGCACUGAAACCCCUCCUCACCCGCCCAAGGAGCAGGGGAUGCAGAGGGGACCCUGCGGGGGUGGGGCAGCCAGGCCGGCCCUCGAUGGCCAGUGGAUUCAGUCACAUUGACUGGCUGGAGCUCCAGGGCUUCCCGUAGGCCUGGGCACCCUCACUGUAUUGUGGGGCCUGGGUGCUGUGAGUCAGCUGGCACCCACGGCGUCUGGGCGGAGCCCACAGAAUUCUCGGAAUAAAAGCAACUUCAAAACA